UUCGGUCUCAGGAGGAGGGGAGGAGGCCGGGCCAGAAGGGCGGAUCCUGUGGUGGGAAGCACCAGGAGUGCUUGACGGGAUGUGGGACGAGCGAAGGCGGCUGCGGCACACCUGGGAAUUUACAGGAACAAGCAACGGUGUCUUCACUUUUCCUCCACAAAACUCCCAAAACCAGAGCAUGCACUGACUUUCAGGCACAUUCGACUGGAAAAUGUACACGACGGAGCGCAGGCGGAUGAGCCUGCGUGACGGGAGGAGGAAGGAUCCCGUGUGGGUGUCCGCUGGAAGUUUGUGGCAGGACUCUUCGGUGCUGGAGAUGACAGCCAGCAGCGGCGGGUCGGGCAAGCAGCUCGUAUCCCCGCGGAGUCGCAGCAGAGCGGUGUCCGUGGCUUAUAUCGUCAGCGAGGACGCGUCUGGGCCGCAGACAGAGGAGAACUUGUCGCUGAAGUGUUUGAAGGAAGCCUGCGCAGACGCGCACGCCUCUUUCAGAACAAUUUCAUUUGGUAAAAUUUCAGUGGGAACCACAGAUAUCCUGGAUAGUUUCUACAAUGCAGAUGUUGCAGUCGUGGAGAUGAGCGACUCUUUCUGCCAGCCUUCUCUUUUCUACCACCUGGGAGUGAGAGAGAGCUUCAGCAUGACCAAUAACAUUAUCCUGUAUGGUUACAAGCAGGACAGUGAUCUGCAGGCUCUGAAGGAACAGUGUGGGAGUUACACCUUCAUCCCGUACGUGGUGUCACCUCAGGGCAAAGUGUUCGCCUGUGAUGCCGCCAUGAUGACCUGCAUCAAGGAGCUGAUGCAGCCCAGUUUGCAGCUGGAGCCCCUUCUCACCCCGCUGGUGGAGAGGCUCGUGCACCUUUUGAACAACGUGCACAUUCAGUCCAGUGAGUACUUCAGGGAGUCACUGAGGCAAGAGAUCCGCUUGGCACGGGAGCGAUUCAGUGGAACAGCUCUCAGCGAGGAGCUGAAUCGCAUCCAGAGUCGCCUGGAUAGUGUAGAUCUGCUCACGCCGGAUAUAGUCAUGAACUUCUUGUUGUCCUACAGAGAUGUCCAGGAUUAUGAUGCCAUGAUCAAACUGGUGGAGACUCUGAACAACUUGCCCAUGUGUCAGGCAGCAAGGCAUCAGAAUAUCAAGUUUCAUUACAUCUUUGCUCUGAACAGGAGGAAUCAUCCUGGUGAUCGAGCAAAGGCUCUGAAAUUAAUCUUGCCCAUUGUGGAGUCGGGGGACAAAGUGGCAUCAGACAUCUACUGCCUGUGUGGCCGGAUCUACAAAGACAUGUUCAUGAGCUCGGACUUCACUGACGCAUCUAGCAGAGACCAGGCCUGUUAUUGGUAUGGGAAAGCUUUCGAAGCAGAGCCAACCUUCCACUCGGGGCUCAACAAUGUGGUCCUUCUGAUGGCAGCUGGACAUGAAUUUGAGACCUCCAUUGAGCUGCGCAAAAUAGGUGUUACCAUAAGCACGCUGCUCGGCAGAAAGGGCAGUUUGGAGAAGAUGACAGAAUACUGGGAUGUAGGAUUCUACCUCGGAGCAAACAUCCUCGCUAAAGAGUUCAGGAAAGUCAUCGAAGCUUCUGAGAAGCUCUACAGACUCAAGGCUCCUGUUUGGUAUUUGGCAUCCAUUAUGGAGACAUACAUCCUGUACCGCCAGUUUGCCAAGCCUCCUGAGGUGCGGUCUCCCAAACAGGAUACGGUGGACUUCUGGAUGGAGCUACUCCUGCAAUGCUGUAAACCCACCGUCUCAACAAAUCAUUGCCCAGUGCUCAUUCUGGAGCCUAGUAAAGUCUUCCAGCCAUCUAUUGUGAGUGUGAGCAAAGAGGACGAGAGUCGCACUGUUCAACUGAAACACGUCACACCUUUGAAGAAAGGCUUACACCAGUGGACUUUUCCAGCAACUAAAAUCCGAGGAGUGAGUGCAUCAAAGAUUGAUGAGCGUAGCUGCUUCCUGUAUGUGCACUACAACUCUGAUGACUUCCAACUUUGUUUUCCAUCAGAGAUCCACUGCAAAGGUUUCUGCGAGUUGGUGAACUCUUUGCUUCACCAGGCUGAAAACCCCACCCAGGACCCCCAACUUCUAACACAGGGGAUACUUGAGUUUAUCUAUGAGACCGAUGACAAUGGCAACAGAGUGGUUCUUGGGAAGGGGACGUAUGGUGUGGUGUACGCCGGUAGAGACCUCAGCAACCAAGUCCGCAUUGCCAUUAAAGAGAUUCCUGAAAAGGACAGCACGUACUCACAGCCGCUCCAUGAGGAAAUAGCUCUACAUAAAAGGCUCAAACACAGGAAUAUUGUCCAGUAUCUCGGCUCCAUCAGUCAGGACGGUUUCAUCAAAAUCUUCAUGGAAGAAGUCCCAGGAGGAAGUUUAUCUUCUCUCUUGCGCUCCAAGUGGGGUCCUCUGAAGGACAAUGAAGCUACGAUCAUUUUCUACACCAAACAGAUCUUGGAGGGACUCAAGUACCUUCAUGACAACGAGAUUGUCCACAGAGACAUUAAGGGCGACAACGUGCUCAUCAACACCUACAGCGGCGUGUUGAAGAUCUCUGAUUUUGGGACCUCCAAGCGAUUAGCAGGGAUCAACCCCUGCACUGAAACUUUUACAGGAACACUUCAGUACAUGGCUCCAGAGAUUAUAGACCAAGGGCCUCGAGGUUAUGGGAAGCCUGCUGAUAUUUGGUCCCUAGGGUGUACUAUCAUAGAAAUGGCAACAGGCAAACCUCCUUUUCAUGAGCUGGGAAGUCCUCAGGCAGCCAUGUUUAAGGUGGGCAUGUUUAAAAUCCACCCGGCGGUUCCAGAGAACAUGUCAAGUGAGGCCAAGGACUUCAUCAUGAGCUGCUUCGUGCCAGACCCGGAUAACAGAGCCACGGCCACAGAGCUGCUGAAUGACUGUUUCCUCAAGUCGUCCUCUAGGAAGAGAAUUAAACCCCCAAAGGACUCAGACGUGAAAGAUUCAACUGAUUAUUAUCGCAGUUUAUCAAUGCCAGUCUCCAUCCUGGUGGAGGACACUGAUUCGGACUCGGUUGGCUCGGUUGACCUGGCGUCUUCCCUGGACAUGAGGAAGUACUGGUCCCCCCUCAGAGUGACAGAAAUCUCAGAGAGUCCGCCCUGCACCAGCGGCUUCCUGUCAACACCGUAUGACUCUUCGUCAGACAUGACCAGUCCAGCCUCAGUGGAAGAGAACGUCGGCCUCUUUAUGCUGCGAAAGGACAGUGAGAGGAGAGCGACACUCCACAGAGUCCUCACCGACUACAUCAGUUGUGUUGUCACCUAUUUACAAGAGUCAAUACUGCAGUUGGAUGAGGGAUCAUCACUUAGUGAAGACCACAUUAUCACACUUAUCGCCUGCCUCCGUGAAAACAUCCGCUCCCCAGACAGAAAGCAGCUCGCCACCGGCCUUCUGGAACUUCGCUCAACUCUGUUAGCAGCAGCAAUACCUCUGAACAGCCUGCAGACGGUGCUCUUUAACUUUCAGGAUGCAGUGAAAAAAGUGUUGAAGCAACAACAGGUGAAACCCCACUGGAUGUUUGCUCUGGACAAUCUGCUGAGACAAGCUGUGCAGGAUGCCAUCACUGUCCUGCUCCCAGAGCUGAAACUCCAUCUGCAGUUGUCGUUUGAGACAGAGGACAGCAUCCCCGAGGAGCAGUCUGUUGACCCAGACACUCCUGUAGUUCUUGGCCCUUACCAGCCGAUGGCGCCAAUAGACAAUCAGCAGGCAGAAACCGGGAAUGAGAAUGUAACAGCAGCCAGGCUCGGCCCCCCAGAUGAGAUCUCAUUCGACAGGAACUGUACACUCAGCGAGAAACUGAAAGACAUGAAAGUAGAGACCAGGAGACUGCUGAAUGAGCUGAGUGAGAAGGAGAGAGAGUACCAGGAGCUGCUGAGGGGCUCGGUCCUGAAGAAACAGGAGCAGAUAGAUGAGCUGAGGAAAGCGUUCAUCAUCGAAGGAAGCGAUUUGAAUUCAACUGAACGCUCUAAUGCAGAGACUAAAAGUUUGGUUUGCUGGCUCCAAUCUGUCCCUGUGGAUCAAGACACCAUCAAUAAACUGCUUGCUCAUGAGUUCACCUUGGACUGUCUCCUUCACAUGGCCUCCAGAGAUGACUUGGUGUACUGUGGAUUAAGGGGUGCAAUGUUGUGUCGACUCUGGAAGGCCAUCAAGUGUCGAAGGAAGACUCCUCUGAACAUGAGCAUCAAGGACAGUGAGGACACUUUGCUUUAAUUGCUGCUGAUGUUAAGCAUCAAAGGACAGUUUUCCUGACAGGCUGGGCCUGUGUGACCAGGAGUUACAAGCUGCUGAUGUAAACAGAUUUCAGUUACUGUGAAUUUAUCUUGUAAAUACACUGAUAAUGUGUCUUUGUGCUUGUCUGUAGAAUCUAAUGUUCUUUUAUGUUUUAUACAUUCUCUCAGGGCUUUGGUGUAUGGAAUUUAUUUUGAAGAAAAUGCAGCCUAGAGGAGCAUUAAUGUGUAGGGAAACAGUCAAACUUAUUUUUUAACUUUUUCAGACAUAUUUUACUGUUUUACGGAAACUAGUUAAGUUAUUAACACUUUCAGGACAAACACUCUUUAUUUGUAUUGAACAGGAUAUAAAAAUAAAAUUGGAAAAUAAACAGGA